AUGAAAUGUGAUCCCAAUGGUCCUCGUGAAGCCAACAUAGCAAGGAAACCUCUAGAGAUCCCUUUGGAGCAAUGGGUUGCAUUUGUGGAUUAUAGAGCUCGACCUGACAAGAAGGCAAAAGCUGAACAAAAUACAAUAAAUCGCACCCACCAGACAAUGCCUCACACAUUAGGUUCUAAGUCCAUUGCUCGACUGGAAAAUGAGAUGGAAAAGCAACUUGGUCGCUCUGUCACUAGAGUUGAAUUAUUUCAAGCAAGCCAUACAACAUCCGAUGGGUCUUUCGCAAAUGAAGUAGCGAGGCAUAAUCAUGAAGAUCUAAUUAUUCGAAGUCAAGGCUCAUCUGAAAAUGAAGCAUUUACUAGUGUUUUUGGGAAAGAACACCCAGGCUAUGUUCGGGGUAUGGGACUUGGAGUUGUCCCAACUCAAAUAUAUGGAUCAUCUUCUAGCUCGAGCAGAAGAAAUGAAGCAAGUGGGGGCACACAAGCUGAAAUCAAUGAGCUCAGGGACACUGUGCAACUCUUAAGGCAACAAGUGCAAGAAAAUGAACAACGAUUUCAGCAACAAUUAUCAAUUCUUACCCAACAAUUGGCCAACCAAAAUCAAAACAUAGCAACCAAUCAGGUUCUUGCAUUUAGAGACAUAGAACCUCAAGCUCCAACUCGUAUCUUAAUCAUCCCUAAGGUUAAGGAUGGAUUGAGUGGGCUCUCAAAGGCAGAGGAGAGGUACAUUAAGAUACUCGGUUAUCUCCUGUACAUGGCUAAGGUUGUUGCUAACCAGGAAGGGCUUGAUGAUGGGUUUAGAAUUGUGAUCAAUGAUGGGCCAAACGGAUAUCAAUUGGUUUAUCAUCUUCACAUUCAUCUUAUUGGUGGGCGACAGAUGAACUGGCCCCCAGGCUAAUAUGAAUCUUCUGGCUGUCAUCUUAAGUGGUAAGAUUCAUCCAAAGAUCUCUUUAAAUAAAUUGGACUGAUGCAAUCAGAUUGUGACCGCAUAAGAAUUAAACCACUAUUUAGGGGAUGUACUUCUGAUCCUUG